UUGAGGCCGUGAGGGAGGAAGGACUUUUCAGUGGAGACACAGAGCAGACAGACCUGGGAACAGCUGGUAUGAGCGUCCACGUACUAUUCGUCCUAGGCCACACUCACUGCUACUCCUUAAUGAGAAAGCUUUACUGAGUUUUACUGAGAUUAUCUACGUCCACCGCUAGGCUACGUUAAGCGCAUUACCAUUACAGUGAGGGAAGACUAGAGGAGGGAGACUAGACAGGACAAGAGAGAACAGAUAGAGUGGGAAAGAAAAAGGAGAGGCGGAAAAAGCGAGGGAGCAACGGAGCAGAGAGGGGCGAUGAGAGAGGAGGUGUCCUGUGCCAACUCACCCGAAGGGGGCAUGGGCGCCAGCGAAGAAGAGCUCGAGCGCUCGUCCAAGAAGUGCCCGUCCGGAGGCCCGGGCCGCAAGCGGCUGCCCUCGCCCAAGAAGGCGUGCGCGGGGAGCGGGCGCGGCGGAGGCGAGGACAGGCCCUCCUCGGCCAGCCCCACCAGCCUGGUGCCCAGCGGGCCCAAGCGGCCCAAGAAGAGCUCGCCGUCGGCGCAGGCCGCGGCCGCGGCGCAGGCCAACCUGGGCGUCGUCUCCAUCUCCACGGUGAUCACGGGGCCGCCGGGGCCCGAGGCGCCGCUGGAGGACCUGCACACGCAGCGCGUCAUCGCCAACGUGCGCGAGCGCCAGCGCACGCAGUCGCUCAACGACGCCUUCGCCUCGCUGCGCAAGAUCAUCCCCACGCUGCCCUCGGACAAGCUGAGCAAGAUCCAGAUCCUCAAGCUGGCCUCGCGCUACAUCGACUUCCUCUACCAGGUGCUGCAGAGCGACGAGAUGGACGCCAAGCUGGCCAGCUGCAACUACCUGGCCCACGAGAGACUCAGCUACGCCUUCUCAGUGUGGAGGAUGGAAGGAGCCUGGUCCAUGUCAGCAGGGCACUAACCACUUUUCCUAAACCCCGACCCCGACCCCCACCC